AUGGAUGCCCAGACAGCUGCAGCGAUUCUACAAUCGCUCACCGAACAGAGUAAAGCUCUAACAAAUGCUGUGGCAAGAUUAGCCGAAUCUUCCGUUACCACCAGCGAUGUUUUGAACACCACUAUGUCCGGUGGCAGCAAUUCUUCAGCUCCGAUCGUCCGACUACACAAGUAUGAUGAACAAAACGAAAGCUUUGAGAAUUUUAUCUCUAGACUAGAAGUUUAUUUCAACGCUUAUCAUACGGCAACCGACAAGAAAGCUUCAACCUUGUUGAACUCACUGUCACCGAAGAUGUUCGCUUUGCAACGUGAAGGUGAAUCUGUAUCCGACUACAUCACCGAGCUGCGAAAAUUAGCUGUUGACUGUAAGUACGCCAACGAAUUUUUAAACGAAAUGCUACGCGAUGUAUUCGUCAGUGGACUACGUUCGAAACCCAUCCUUGAUCGUCUUUUCGAAGAAGAUGAUAUUCCGCUUGACAAAACCUUGAGUAUCGCUCAAGCGAUUGAACGUGCGUUAGCUAGUACCAACGAAAUUCUCUCACCGGCAGUAUCCGAUGCUCCAGUUCACAAGUUACAAAAUCAAAACCAGAACCGCAGUCGUUUCAAGAAGAAAACGUAUUCGUCUGACAACGGUGGUCAAUCUCAAGGCGCGACAACUACUCAGUGUAUUCGUUGUGGUUUGAAUAACCAUACUGCGGCUAAUUGUAUGAAGAAGAAUUUACGUUGUAAUUUCUGCAAAGCUCAAGGUCAUGUCGCCGAAGUUUGUUUUAAAAAGAAACGCGCCGCUGAAACGAAACCAGCCGACGAGUCUACGUCUACGAAAACAAACUCCAACGCCAAACCGAAAGGUGUGAAAUCUGUUUCGAAGUACAACGACGUUAGCGACGAUGACGAUUACAACGUUUUGACCUUACCUGUUCGAACUGUUCAUUCGUGCUCCGUGCAAGAUGACGAGUCUCCAGUUAUGAUCAACGUUAAAAUCAACGAUAAUCCGACCAAAAUGGAAGUAGAUUGCGGUAGUCUUCGUUCGAUUAUGAGUAAAUCGAUUUUCUGCAGUCUUGGUGGCAAUUUAUCUACGUUACAGCCGACCAACGACGUCUUCAAAGACUAUACCGGUCACGUCUUUCAUCCAAUCGGUGUCGCUCAUGUUCCAGUUAAAUACAACGACAAAUCUACAAAGCUGACUCUCCACGUUAUCAACGAAAACUUACCUGCUCUUCUUGGUCGAGACGGUAUGCGAGAGUUGGAAAUUUAUCUCAGCAAUAUUCAUUCCGUUCAGCGCUCCGAUCUACCUACACCAGUGGCCCAACGAUUAGAAGCCCUGUUAGAAAAGUAUUCGUGCGUUUUUGAGCCUACCAUCGGUGAAAUUAAAGACCACGUCGAAUCGUUACACUUCAAACCAGACGCUGAACCGAAAUUCCUGAAAGCUCGACCCGUACCGAUCGCUCUACGGUCCAAAAUUGAGGACGAGUUAGAUCGUUUAGUCGCCAACGGAGUUCUCGAAAAAGUUGAAACCAGCGAAUGGGCUUCGCCGAUCGUACCAGUCGUUAAAAAGAACGCUGUUCCCAUUACAGGCGAUUACAGUGGAACCGUUAAUCCACAAAUAUUCAUCGACCAAUACCCGUUUCCUGGCUACGACGAAAUUACAACGCAAAUGUCCAAAGAAGAAGGCUCCGAAGUUCACUCGUCAGUACUCGAUGUUUAUUCGGCGUUCCUGCACAUGCCAACUGACGAAAAGACAAGCGACGCUCUCGUUAUCAACACGCACCGCGGACUUUAUCGCCCGAAACGAAUUUUCUUCGGCGUGGCAGCCAGCAUCGAAGAACAUUUUCGUCUGUUGGAAGACACUCUUCGAAUCUGCAAAGAAGCUAAUUUACGCUUGAACCGUUCGAAAUGCCGUUUCUUCGAACGCAAAGUAAAGUUUGUUGGAUACACGAUCGACGCAAAUGGAGUUCACGAGACAGACGAUAAAGUUUUAGCAGUUCUCAACGUUCCUGCACCCACCAACCCAAUGGAGGUGAAAUCGUUUCUUGGUCUCGUCGGUUUUUACUCGAAGUUUGUCCCUCAUCUGGCGACAAUAGCAGCUCCGUUACAUCGUUUAACUCGUCAAAGCGAAGAUUUCAUCUGGACAGACGAAUGCGAACAAAGUUUCCAGCAUGUCAAACAAGAAAUUGCGUCAGAACGUAUACUCACUCGCUACGAUCCGAAAAAACCAAUCAUUUUGUCCGUCGACGCCAGUCCAGUUGGACUCGGAAAAAUCUACAAUUCGCCUUACACCUGUGAAGGUGACAUUUUAUUCAUGGGUAUGCGCGUCUACGUUCCGUCUGCUCUGCGCUCAUCGGUUCUUCAAGAACUUCAUAAAGGCCACAUCGGCGCAUCGAAAAUGAAAUCGCUCGCUCGAUCACAUGUAUAUUGGCCUAAAAUCGACAAAGACAUCGAAAACAUCACGAAGUAA